AUGCUGUCAAAUCCAGACAACGCUUCCGCCGAAGACGCAGCAGGGACGUCCAACGGUCAGUUACCUUCAACUGAACAGCGCGAUCCAGCAUACUUUUCAUACUAUGCUAUGCUUCAGCACCAACAAAACAUGCUUCAAGACACGGUCCGAACGUCAACGUAUCGUUCGGCCAUCCUCUUGAAUGGGCCCACCUGUUUUCAAGACAAGCUUGUUUUAGAUGUUGGAGCCGGUUCGGGUAUUCUCUCUUAUUUUGCCGUGCAAGCGGGCGCACGCAAGGUAUAUGCAGUAGAAGCCUCUCAAAUGGCACAGAAAAUGAAAAAAAUUGUCGAUGCGGCCAACCUGCCCUCGGACCAUAAUAUGGCUAAAAAUGCGUUCUUGAAGGACAAGAUAGAGAUAAUUCAAGCCAAAAUAGAGGAACCGGAUCUUCCUAUCCCAAAGGUGGAUACGAUUGUUUCUGAACCGAUCGGAGUUUUGCUUAUUCACGAAAGGAUGCUAGAAAGCUUUCUGUACGCAAGAGACAAAUUCCUUAAACCGGGCGGAAAUCUUUUCCCUGCAACAGGCAUGAUACAUUUGGCACCUUUUACUGAUGCUGCCUUGUGGACUGAUACCAUGGGUAAAGCACGAUUUUGGGAACAGAACUCGUUCUACGGUGUUGAUCUAUCGGCGCUUUAUAAUGAUGCCAAGGAUGAAAUGUUUGGUAUGCCUAUUGUUGGCAGCUUUGAUCCUCGCACGCUGAUUGCGUCAUCAACUCCUGGGGGUUAUGUUAUUGAUUUCUACACGAUUACAUUGAGCGAACUUCAAGACUUUGUCAUACCAUUUGUAUGGCAAUCAAAUUAUACAGGAAUAAUUCAUGGAAUAGCCGGUUGGUUUGAUUUACAUUUUGCUCCUUCACCGCUUGGACUUCCUGGCACAGGAAUUGACAUGACAACGAGUCCUUUGGCCGAACGGACGCAUUGGCAGCAAGUCAGAUUAUUGCUAAAAGAACCUCUGGCCGUGAAUGCCGGUCAAUUGAUUAGAGGGUGGUUACGUUGUGUAGUUAAUGAAAUGCGUUCAUACAAUCUAGAAGCUGAAUUGGUAGUUGGAGAUUGUCAUCUGUCUCCUCCUAAUGCUCCCGAGCCGUUGACCAAGGACUAUAAUCGACGUCGUUCCAAAUGGCAAUUACACGAACAGACGUACAAUUAUAGUUACUAUCCGCAACCAGACGCAACGUUUAGGCCAGAGUACAACUGUUUGUACGAACCUGAACAGUCUUUGGAUGUAACGGUUGUCGUCGGAAAUGAUAUCGAGCAGGAUCCAUCUGUCUUAUAG